UCGUUAGCUCUUGGUUGGCUUUGCCCGAGGUGGACCUUGUUCUGCCCACUAUGCUUCAUUUGCUCCCACUGUAAACGACACAGAUAAAGUAUCUUGGGUUAGUUAUAACUAUCUUUGGUUACAUCCUCUGCAAGAGCAGACGUGCUGUGUGACGUGUAGAAGGGGCGGAAGGGAUGUUUGUGUUUUGGUUCUAAAUGGGAAGUUGCAAGAAGAAAGAAAAAGGAGGAGACGUGAUCUGGGUUGUUGAAAUUAAUUCUGAAGCCCUAAAAGUGCAGUCAGACGUGCGGGACAGACACUGACCGGGGGAUCUGACCAGGCCAUGGCCAACAGGGGAGGAGCUACGAGACCCAACGGGUCUAACGCUGGGAACAAGAUCUGCCAGUUCAAGUUAGUGCUGCUGGGGGAGUCGGCAGUGGGCAAGUCCAGCCUGGUGCUCCGCUUUGUCAAGGGCCAGUUCCACGAGUUCCAGGAGAGCACCAUAGGAGCGGCCUUCCUGACCCAGACGGUGUGUCUAGACGACACGACGGUGAAGUUUGAGAUCUGGGAUACGGCGGGACAGGAGCGCUACCACAGCCUGGCGCCCAUGUACUACAGAGGGGCGCAGGCCGCCAUCGUGGUCUACGACAUCACAAACGAGGAGUCAUUUGCGCGGGCCAAGAACUGGGUGAAGGAGCUGCAGAGACAAGCCAGCCCCAACAUUGUCAUCGCUCUGUCAGGCAACAAGGCUGACCUCGCCAGCAAGAGAGCCGUCGACUUCCAAGAUGCCCGGUCUUAUGCAGACGACAACAGCUUGCUCUUCAUGGAGACGUCGGCCAAGACAUCUAUGAAUGUGAACGAGAUAUUCAUGGCUAUUGCGAAAAGAUUGCCCAAGAGUGAGCCUGCAGCCGCUGGAGUUAACAGCGGGCGGAACAGGGGCGUCGACCUAACUGAAGCCGCCCAGCCAACCAAGGCCCCCUGCUGCAGUAACUAAUGCGAUGCUCACCUACUGCAGUGACUAAUACGACCGAUGCCCGACUUCCGCUGCAGUAAACUAAUGCGACACCCCCCCACAAAAAAAACUCUGAUCUGCAGCAAUGAAAAAAGUUGAUAUCUGAACCCUCCUCCCCUUCUCCUCUCUGCAGUAACUAAUGCAAAGCAACAUCCUGGUCUAUAUUUCUCUCAACUACGCCCCACCUCUCCCCCACUGGUUCUGCUGUUACUAAUUGAGACUCCUCCCCCCUUACUCUUUUUUUCCCCUUAAUUUAGUGCUGCCUUCCCUACCCCAUUCCUCCAGACUAUUGGCUAGCAGCAGGACUAAAGGGCGGGGCUCCUGUGAUUUGAUCUCUCCUCUCCUGGGAUAGACUGUUUCUAAUACGCAAUCUCUCCAUGUCCUUUUCUUGUUUUUGUUAGAUUUUUGUUUUUCACAGUUAUUCAUCGGAAUUAUGGAUGCAUGUAUCACUACAAGGCCUAACAUGAUGAUGAAAAAAAGAUAUAUAUUUUAACUUCAGUCAGUGGCACACAAAACAUCUUAAGUGAAAAGAGGAGUGUCUCCAAAAACGCUGACAGAAAAAAAAAACAGAGGGAGAGAUGAGAGGGGAAGAGAGGCUCCAAAGGUUUGUUAGGGCUAAAUCAUAAGGAAGCUAAAGAAAAAAACUGGGACUUGGGUCCCUGCUAGUUUCUCUCUCUGUUGGUCCCUCUGUCUGUCUGGCCUCCUCUUUCUCUUGUGUAACAUAUUCAUAUGCUUUCUCAACUAAACCUUUUAGUAGCACUAGAGUUGUUCCCUUCUCUCUUGGCCCCAUCCCAGGGCCUUGCCUGCUUCUAGCGUUCAGUCCCAAAUCAAACCUUAACUAACUCGUGAACCAGGGGUGUCUAACUCAUUUUGACCUGGUGGCCGCAUUUGGUCUUCAACAAGAUUCAAAACGGCCGCACUGAAAAUUGGUUUUAUUUUCUUGCCGCCAUCGUUUUUCGAAUUUUUGAUGCUCUCUCAUUGUCUAGUGAUUAUUAUCGAGCUGGACAGUCAAGAAACUGUAUGCAUGUAGGUCCAUUAUCAUUUCUAUAUAGUUUCAAAAAUAUAUAUAUUUUGUUUUUAUUUUCACUCAAACCACCCGCAGGCUGGAUUGGAACCCCUCCUGGCCGCGGGCCAUAUGUUUAACACCCCUUCCCUAAAUCCUUAUGUACUUCAUGUAGGUCUGAGAGGAUUUGAGGUUGUAAACAAUGGGGGGGGAACAUUCCACCUAGCCUAUCAGAGGGUGUAUUAGGAGCAUUAUCACUGUAAUGCUCCUAAUAGACCUAUUCAGUCCUUUCAGAUCUACACAAUUAUUGAAGGGGCUAGGGGUGGGUUUGGGAUUGGGAUUGGGCAUAGCUGUUCUAGUGGCAUUGUGCAAUGGUUCACAGUAAUUUCUCUGUGACUUCUUCAGUUACCACCACAGUAUGGCAUCGCGGCCUCUGAGACUUGUUGACUAGUAACCCCCCCCCCCCAAUUCCAAGCCUCCAGACCCCUCCCCAUCCUGUCCUGAUGGUUUCUGUCCGAGGGAGGGGAUGAUCCUGAUCUAUAUGGGCUAUGAUGUCAGCUGUCCGUUAUGUCUCAACAUGUAAUGGAUGAGAUUAGGUCAUGGUUGAGGCCUAUUGCCUGUCCAGGUAUAAACAAGGUGCUGGUUGGAGAGACAGGGGAGCAUGGUGAGGUGACCUCUGUAGGUGUCCUCUGUAGGUGUCAUUAGGAAUCCGCUGACACCAGGGCCUUCUGCGUCCCAAAUGACACCCUAUUCCCUAUGUAGUGCACUACUUUUGACCAGAGCUCGGGCCCUGGUCAAAAGUAGUGCACUACAUAGGGAAUAGGGUGCCAUUUGGGGUGUCACUCUCUUUUUCACGGACACUGAGAUCAGUCACUAUUCAUCCCCUGUUCUAUAGGAAGUGCUUUUGACACUGUCUGUCAGUGUGUGUACACAGGGGGACUGGGCUGUCUGGUGAUACAAAUAUCCUCAAAGACAACAAACACACAUGACACACACACACUGUGUACACACACAUACACACAGGUUUAUUUCUCUCCCAACCCUGCUAGAUCUAAUUACCAUAAUAUAACACACCUAACCACAAGCUAAAACAUACACUUUUUUGUGUUAUUUUUAAACUCUGGACCCCCCCCCCCACCCCUCUCUCCAGGUCUGUCUUCCUCAUGCCUUGCACUAAUGACGCUCAUGAAUAUAUCUUGUCAUAAUUACAGCCAGUGUGAUAUAAAUAUAUUUAUAAAUAAUAUGCUGUAAAUAGGGUAAUUGACAGGACUAAUGCUUGCUAGGGAGUUGUCUAGAUAAUCAUUAAAUAACAAAAUACUGUACAGUUAGCACAAAAAAAAACACUUUGUAUGGGUUUGGAGUUUUUUUUUCACACACAAAAAAAUCUAUUCUACUCGAUGGUGGUCUUUAUAAAUGUGUGUAGUGUUGUUAACCAAAAAAUGUACUUGCAUUUCUUUAGUGGUCUGUCUUAUGUUUUUUUUUCAAGAAAAACUGGAUUUUUUUUGGUUUUCUAUUUUUUAAUAUUCUCUCUCGCAUUUCAUUAAUAAUUUUGUUAGCGACCUAAAGCUAAGAAUCCCUGUCCAAUACUCUUUGUCCCACUAGAACUGAACUCACACACCAUACACUGUCUGGGUGUUGAAUCCCUGUCGCGGGAACAGAUCGGAUUGACAAAACCGUCCGCCUGUCUCAUAACGUCUCAGUAAGAAUGUAACAACGUUGUAGGAACAAUGUAACAACAACAGUAGUAGUAGUAGUAGUAGAAUAAAAAGAGACUGUUCUGUUCUACUGUUGGUACUAGCUGGUGGAUCAUGAUGAUGAUGAUGAAUAAAUGGAUUAACUCAUAGGGAUGUACAUUGUUUGUUGUUGCUGUGGAAAGUUAAUUGCAGAUGGGGAAAAAAAUAACAAAUGCAAGCAUUUUACAGUACUGUUAAAUAAUGACCAAAUAAAUACAGAAAUAAAAUGUAGAAUUUA